GAGGAGAUCCUGUCCAUGUUCUCCGCCAUCAAGACCCUUCAUCAAGGAGUUGACGUCUGCAUCAACAACGCGGGGCUGGCUCGCCCGGAGCCCCUGCUCUCGGGAAAGACAGAGGGCUGGCGGACGAUGAUAGACGUCAACGUGAUGGCUGUGAGCAUCUGCACCCGAGAGGCCUACCAGUCCAUGAAAGAGAGAAACAUCGACGAUGGGCAUAUUAUUAACAUUAAUAGCAUGAAUGGCCACAGCGUUGUGCCACAGUCGGUGGUGCAUUUUUACAGUGCCACCAAGUAUGCGGUUACAGCCCUCACGGAGGGGCUGAGGCAAGAACUCAGAGAAGCAAAGACUCAUAUACGAGCUACAUGUAUAUCUCCAGGACUGGUGGAAACGGGAUUUGCUUUUAAACUUCAUGAUAAUGACCCCGAGAGAGCUGCUGCAACCUACGAGAGCAUUCGGUGUCUCAAAGCUGAAGAUAUGGCUAACGCUGUCAUAUAUGUCCUCAGUGCCCCACCUCAUGUACAGAUCGGAGAUAUACAGAUGAGGCCCACGGAGCAGAUAUCAUAGCAAAUGAAGAGGACUGUGAGCGGCACCGUGUAUC